AUGAAACAAGCACCGGUAAUCUCCUGCAAACAAUACUUACCCGUGAAUGAAUGUACACAAUUAUUGCAUCUACUCUUAAUUAUACUACUUUUGCAAAUGCUAGUAGUUUCUCGUGUUACUACAAUAACAAAACAACAUUACUUAUUAAUAAAUGGUCCAAUGCACACACGAGCAUUAAUCAAUACUAAUGUGCAAUUUAAAUGUCGUGUUCAGCUGCUUAUUCAAAAUAUAGGUCCUGUUGAAAAUAAAUGUACACAGAUGGCAAAUGAAACGAACUCACCGACAUGUUCAUCAUCUUCAACAGCAUCCUCACUAACGCCAUCGUCGUCAGCUUCAUCAGCUUCAGCAGAAGUGUGGCAAAUCAUAAAGCCAAAUCUACUGCCUAACAAGUUAGACAUCAUUGUCCAAUGGAUGAAAGAUGGAUUUGGAUAUGAUCGAGAUGCACUGAGACAAACAUUCGGUGGAAGAUACACCAUGAUGGAAUCAAAGGAGAAAGAUAUGUACGAUUUAACUAUCAACGGUGUCCGAUAUGAAGAUGAAGGUGAAUAUGCUUGUCAGGCUAGGCUGGUUGAGAAGUCGAAUUCACACUACAAACAACUGACAGGUAUGCAUCAAUUAACAGCCAGUCACACAAAACUAGAUGGAAAAUCAAUAAAUUCUGACCGAAUCAAUUAUGACUCUUCAAAGUCAGAAUUCUUAAUGCAUGAUCCAUUUGCCUUACCAAUGAGUUUGAUUAAAAGUAAUACAGCUAAUUUAAAUAUAUUCCACCAAAAUCAAUAA